CCCUGAGGUUUUACAAUGAGGGGCCUGAAAAUGUGAACAUCCUGAGUGCUGCAGCCACCAUGCCCCCGGUGGCCACCUGGUUUGUGGCCGGGUUACCCCCCCAGCUGAGCGUGGCUGCAGUGAAGGGCAGCGGAGCCCCAGCGCCGUCCUGCUGUCUGAUUGUGUCCCAGUGCUGACAGGGGAGGGGAGGAAGGACGCAGGGAGAGAAUAUGGGCAACUCAUCUAAGAAGGAGGCCGCUGAAGGGGGAGAGGGUGGUGGGGUGGCAGAGGAGGGCGGACAGGGUGAGAUGCGGGUAGAAGAGAAUGAGGAAGAGGAGGAUGAGAAUACAUCAAAAGAAGAGGAAGAACCACAGUGGGACCAGGAACUGCCUAUACGGGUAGAGGAUGAUAUUGAAGCUAAAGAAAUGUUUCUGAACAUGAGCUACUGUAGAAUGUACAACCUGCCGACUCGUAUCUGCUCACUAACAUACCUGGUGAAACUGUACCUGAGUAAUAACCGCCUACAGACUUUGCCGAAGAGCCUGGCCCAGCUGCAAGGAUUACACCUGCUGGCGCUCGAUCAGAACAAAAUGGAUGAUCUGCCAGUGGUCGUGUGCGAGCUGGUCAAUCUCACCCACCUCUACGUGAGCAACAACAAACUCAUGACCUUGCCUGUGGAGAUGGUCAACCUGCGCAAACUGCGCUGCCUCUGGUUGGACGGUAACUACUUCAUGAAUUUCCCUCGGCUCCUCAUGAAAUUGCCCAACCUGAAUGCGUUGCAGCUGGGGGACAACAUGCUGAGGACGCUGCCGAAUGACCUGUGGUGCAUGUCAGCACUGCGCUGUCUCUGGCUCUAUGGCAACCGCUUCAAGAAGUUUCCACAUGUGCUACUGCGCAUGGAGGCCAUAGAGGUUCUGGACUUUGACAGCAACAGGCUCACCAAGUUGCCUGAACUAGAUCAUAUGCCGGCCCUGCGCCUGUUCUCCUACGACCAUAAUAUGGUGAAAUAUCCCCCUCUUGUGCGUGAGGAGGCAUUGGUGGUGGGAAGGGGGGCAGAUUUAUACCUGGAGAAAAGGCAGAAGAAGAAGGAUGAUCUGAAGAAGGCAGCCCAAACGGAGGCCAAGACGAAGGCUGAGAUGGAUCACAAGACGUUUCUCAGGAUGAUGUUCACGAAGUCCGGCACCGUGUCAUCUGGCAUGGGGCCAGAGCAAGAGCAGGAGCCAAUCAUCCAUGGAAUCCUGAAGAACUCCACCUCCUUUGACCGGCGGCCCAAUAGCGUGGCUGAUGGGAUGGCAGAGGGUACGGGGCGAAUGAAAUAUGAUGGGGAGCAGGAGGAGCUGCUGUAUGAGGACGGCAUGGAGUACAUUCAAGACCCGCUGGUGUAUCAGGGUUCGACUCGGCAGACAAGGCUGGCGAAGGAAGGUGAGGAACCAGAGAGGUGUUAG